UUGAAAUCAUCAGGGCUCCUCUGCAGGCUGAUUUCAGCAAAAAGAGACAUGUUGGGGGCAUUGAUGUACCAAAAACUGAACCCCCAACCAGGAGGGACCAUGGUCAGCUGGAGGAUCAGGCCACCACCUCGUGUGCUGCGUGAUGAGAUGCAGCACAGCAGGGUCUGCCCUGGAGCCCAGGACCCCAUGGGCACGGAUGGGGCGAGGGGGACAGGCUCCUGUGUCUGGAAGCGAGCGGCAGUUCAGGCCCUGCAGCAGCACCUCGACUCUGUGAAGGUUGGCCAGCAGUUGGACCCACGGGAUCAGAGGACGUCGGCAGUGCUUGCGCUUGGAGGGCUGCUCACAGGAUCCUGUUCCUGCAGAGGGAUGGCUGCAAAGAAAAAGGAGGUAGAGCUGCAGAUUAACAUCACUAGCCAGGAGCUUUGGGAAGAAAUGCUGUGUCUCAAAGGACUCAUUGUUGUUGAUGCAUUUCAAGCCUGGUGUGGCCCGUGCAAAACAGUAGUGGAUCUCUUCCAAAAAAUCAGGAAUGAAGUUGACAGUAAUCUCCUGCAUUUUGCUGUGGCUGAAGUUGAUUCCAUCGAUGCUCUGGAAAGAUACAGAGGACGAUGCCAGCCUGUCUUUCUGUUUUAUGCUGAGGGAGAAUUAGUGGCUGUUGUAAGAGGAGUGAAUGCACCACUGCUGCAGAAAACCAUCCUGGAACAGCUGGCAGGGGAAAGAAAGGUUUUAGAACAUGGAGGAGAGCAAGUGCUGAUGCGAGACAGAGCCAAGGAGGAGGGAAGCACAGCUGCUCUGCAGGGACAACAGCGGGAGGGCUGAACAGACUGACGGACCCCCGGGCCCGGGAUCGCGGCCGGCAGCGUGGAAGAGAUGCGGGGUUUGCCGAUAAAUAAAAGGAUUAGCGGGCAGCA